GUGUUAUCCAUUUUAUGCCUGAAGAUGAUUAACGCCCCAGUUAAGAGUUGUGAACGAGGGUAAACGAUAUAUUUUAACAAGUUUUGUGAUGUUAUUGAAAUGAUAUUAACUGAAACUUAAGCUGCACCUAUGAAUGCCGCAUCAUUCUGGGCGAGCUGGAACGGCACAGGCAGCACCGGCGGGGACAGGCGACCCGGGAUGCUGCCAGCCCUCCGCACGGCUUUCCCUGCAUCCCAAAGGCGUGGGCACACAGGCGGCAUCCAAGGGCAUGAGCACUCGUGGCACAGCUUUUAUUUCUCUCCGGUUUCGAAGGGCUCUAAGCGAUUUGAGGACUUUCACUCUGAGCGAGGUACAGCGCCGAGGGUGCCCGCCGCGAGGCGGCCCUUCCCGGGCUCCCCGAGCACCGCUGUACCGAGAGCGGCGCUGCUCAGGUGCCCGGAGAGGCCGGGAACCCCUUGGCUCGCUCCCGGUCCCCUCCCUGUGCUCCUGCUCACGGCCUCGUCCCUUUCCCUUUCCCUACACAGGCGCUGCCGGGGGCGGGGCCGCCCCUUACCCCGCCCCUCAGCGCAGGCCCCAUAGGCCUUCGCCGCUGCCAAUCAACGAGCCCCGCCUUUCCCUCCCGCCGCUGAAUCCACCGCCGAGCAACGGAUUGCGGCGGCCAUCGAUUCCCUCGGCUUGCCCUGCCACCCCCGUCCCACGCACAUCCCGAUCCCGGUCCCGAUCCCGAUCCCGGUCCCUGUCCUGGCCGGGGGAUGUAGGAGGACGAGCGGCCGAAGGUACCCAGCCAGCGCCGCCGCCACGUCUCCCGGCGCGGCCGCCUAUCGCCUGCAAGGGCGGGCGCAGCCGCCGGCGCGGCCGUGUGGCUGCAGGCGUUCCUCGGGGAGCCCAGGAAGGGGCACGGCUGUUCCCCGCCUGCCCCCCCGCCGCCGGUCCCGCCCGGCUCUCCGUGCCUUUAGCGUGUGCCUGCCCGUCCCGCGGGGCCAUGGAGCGCGCGUUCACGCCGCUGGAAUGCCUCCUGCCCGCCGGGAACCUGAAGUUUUGCCUUCUGAUUCUGAACCAGCCUUUCAACAAAGGUCAUUUUCAUUGUCUCUGGAGCAGAGCUGCCCUGAGAGCUUGUGCUGAUGGAGGUGCCAAUCAUCUCUACCACAUCACAGAAGGGAGCCAGGAAAGCUUCUUGCCUGAUUACAUCAGUGGUGAUUUUGAUUCCAUUCAGCCUGAAGUCAAGGAGUACUACAAGGCCAAGGGAUGUGAGUUAAUUGAGACCAUGGAUCAGGACCUCACAGAUUUCACCAAGUGCCUUCAAAUACUCCAGAAGAAGAUAGAGAAGAAGGGCCUCCAGGUCGAUGUGAUUGUGACUUUGGGUGGACUUGGAGGACGCUUUGACCAAAUAAUGGCAUCGGUGGAAACACUUUUUCAUGCAAUGAAUAUCACUCCUUCUCCGGUGAUAGUUAUCCAGGAGUGCUCACUGAUUUACCUGCUUCAAUCUGGCAAGCACAAGCUGCACGUGGACACAGGACUGGAGGGCUCCUGGUGUGGGCUCAUCCCCAUCGGGAACCCCUGCGAGAGUGUGACCACGACAGGCCUUAAGUGGAACCUCACUAACCAGGUGCUGAAGUUUGGAACACUCGUCAGUACUUCCAACACCUAUGACAACUCUGGGAUUGUGACCAUCGAGACAGACAAACCUUUGCUGUGGACAAUGGCUAUCAAGAGAUGAGAUCAGCUACAGCUGCCUUUUCUGAUCUGACACAACUCAAAUUAUUAUAAAAUUUCACUGAAUUAAGACAGUAAAGCUGCUGCAAGAUAUAAGCAGGCAGUGGUUUUCUGUAUUUAAUGAAAAACAAGUCUGAAAUAAAACUCACCUGAGAUUGAAUCAAAAUUA